GCCAGAGGGCGGAUUUUUAAAAGGUGUCUAUUUACGCCUUCGCUAGUAAUUCCUGCAAACCGGUUUGUUCGGACCGGAAUUGAAUGUCUGUUGGAACCAUAAGUUCCUGUCUAAAACAUCAUCGAAACAGGACAGGUAUUUAUUGACAGGUGUUCCCGAUAAGAGACCCUUUGAUAUCCAGGACAUUAAUUACAGCAACAAGACCCUACAGCUGUAACAAUACAAUUGUAUGUUAGGUGUGGUUCAGUUCAAAAAGUGUCAAAGUUGAGAAAUUUUUGGCAAAAAACUCACUAUGUCAGCUCGUGCUCUAAGCAGAGAAGGACAUGCAGCUAUGAGUCUGAGAGGGGAAACAGAUCGCUGGGUCUUAAUUCAGCAAAACACAUUCACUAAUUGGGUGAACGAACAACUUAGGAUAUACAAUUGUGACCUUAUUGAAGAUUUGCAGACUGACUUUUCGGAUGGAGUUCGACUGUGUUAUCUUGUUGAAGCUUUGCAAGGAAAGAAAAUAGGAAGGGUUAUAAAAAAUCCAAGGAAUCAUCAUCAGAACCUGGAGAAUGUUUCUAAAGCACUGAAUGCCAUUGCAAAUGACAAUGUUAGACUGGUGAAUAUUGGAAGCGAUGAUAUUGUAACUGGAAACCUGAAGUUAAUCUUAGGUCUGAUAUGGCAUCUUAUUCUCCGUUACCAAAUUGGAAAAACCAAAUUCCCCACCAAGAAGUUAAUGUUGGCAUGGAUACAGGCAGUAAUUCCAGAAUGUGGUAUCGGCAACUUUACAACAGAUUGGAAUGAUGGAAUUGCAUUGAAUGCAUUGGUAGAUUUCUGUCGACCAGGAUUGGCUCCUGAUUGGAGGCACAUGAGCAGAAGUAGUGGGCUUGACAACUGUCGAGUGGCAAUGCAGCUAGCAAAGGAUAACUUUGAUAUCCCAUUAGUAGUCAGACCAGAGGAUCUGGCAUCUCCAGAUUUAGACGAGUUAUCAGGCAUGACAUAUUUGUCAUAUUUCAUGAAAAUUGAUUCACCAGGAUAUUUUGCCACACUUAAAAUAAUACAGAGCCUUCUGAAGUAUGGAACAUGCAAUAAUUUUGCUUCUGACUGGCAAGAUGGACAUUUGUUAGCCAACCUGGUCAAAUCAUUGGGAGAAAAUGUUCCUAAUCUUACUGGAUCAAAUUCUGAAAAUAUUCAAAAAGGCUUGGAAGCAGCACAAAGACUUGGAGUUAAUCCAAUAUUAACUGCUAAAGAAAUGUGUGACCCAGAAGUUGACCAUAUUGGGAUCAUGGCAUACGCUGCUUACUUCAAGGAUUUCAAACCAACAAAAACACCAGCUGAAAGAGUAGUCCUAUCAUCACCGCCAAAAAAUGUUUUUGUUGGUUUAGAGUCCAACUUUUCUGUGAGGAUUGAAGAUGAUAAUGUUUCACCAUCAGAUGUCCGAGCUGAGAUCAAAGGUCCAGACUCCUCCCCAAAUGUCAGACUCAGCUGGACUGGAAGUAUUGGAGAUGGCCUUUUUACACCUGAGGAAACAGGAGUUCAUAGGCUGAGUGUCUUCUGCAACAAUCAAUUAAUCCUUGGAUGUCCAGUGACCUUCAAAUCAAUGGCUGAUAGGUCAAGGAUCUCUUUUACAUCUGUGGAGUCCUGUCCUGUUGGAAUGAUAACAGAACUCAAGGUUGAUUCCUCUGGAGCAGGACAGGGUGAUGUGAGAGUAGAGGCCCAGUCACCUGGUGGAAGGAUUCAAAAUCUCACUGCAGUCUACAGACAUGGACAAUAUAUUGUUAACUUCUCACCAUCUGAAUCUGGUGUUUGGAACUUGUCAGUCCUUUAUGAUGGAGAACACAUAAGUGGAAGUCCUUACUCUGUUGUAGUGUAUGAUCCAGCCUCAGUGAGAGUUUAUGGACUAGAGGGGGGAAUUGUAGGAUCGGAUCUAACUUUCCAUGCCGAUCACUCCAGUGCAGGCGACGGUGACCUUGACGUGAAUAUAUUGUAUGAGGGGUCAAGAGUUCCUGCUAAUGUAACAGAAGACAGCAGAGGAGUAAACAGGAUAAACUUUACACCACAAGGAGCAGGAAUCUACAAAGUUCACGUCAACUUUAACGGCACUGAGGUUAAAGGAUCACCAUACAUGGUAGAAAUAUUUGGUGGAGGACGGGCCACAGUUAGUGGUGACGGCCUCAGUUUGGUUCCAUUAAACAAGACAGCUUAUUUCAAUGUUGACACUCAGGGUUCAUCAAGCAAAGUGGAUGUUGAAAUCACAGGUCCAACAGGACAACGGGUAAACAAAGUGGUUAAAAGAAAAAGCAGUGGACUUUACCAAGUUGAAUAUAUUCCAACAGAAGUUGGUGAACAUAAAAUUGAUGUUUUUCAUGGUGGCCAUCCAAUUCAAAGUGGACCAUUCAAAGCUAAAGUGUACAGUUCUGAUGGUAUUAUUGUUUCAAAUGUGCCUCAUGUGUGUAUGUAUGGAAAUCCAGUUAAAUUCAAUAUAAAUGCUGAAAAGGCAGGACCAGGAAACAUAGAAAUAAUGAUCAAUAGUGGGACUAUACCUUGUCAAGUACAGACCCUCAAUGAACAUGAGGACAAAUAUUUUGAAGCAUCAUUUAUACCAGAAGGUCCAAAGCCUCAUUUAGUAGAGUUGAAGUUCAAUAAAAAAGAAGUUAUAGGAAGUCCAUGGACUGUAGCAGUAAUAGAUCCUGGGAGUUUCAGUGUCACUGGAGAUGGAUUAUAUUUAUGUCACACAAAUAAAAAAGCUAGCUUUAAUAUCAAUAACAAGGGGGAGAUAAAUCAAUCUUUUUUGCAUAUUAAAAUAUCAGCACCAAGUAAAAGAACUGUUCCAUACAACAUCAGAAGGUCAAAAGAGGGACAUGUUGUAGAAUACAUUCCUACAGAAGUUGGUGAUCACAGAAUAGAGAUAAAGUAUGGUGAUAGUGAGAUUGAAGGCAGUCCAUUUACAGCUAAGGCUUAUGAUACACAUGCUAUCAGGGUAUCAAGGUUUGGUGAUACACUGGUGGGCAAAUCAGUAGAUUUUACAAUUGAUGUAACCAGUGCAGGAGAAGGUCAGUUAGAAAUUAUGGUCAACAAUGGAAAUCUUCCUAACACAGUGGAAAUGGAGAAUGCUGGAGUUUAUAAGAUAGCCUUUAUACCAGAACAAGCAGGGAAACAGUAUGUGGAUAUAAAUUUCAACAGGGAACCAUUACCAGAUUCACCAUUCACCUGCAUGGCAUUAGAUGUGACUGGUGCCCUUGUCAGAGGACUGAAGAGUGUGUUACCAACAGACAAAGCCUCAACCUUUACCAUACAGUCAGAAGGUGUAGGAUCAUUAGAAGCUGCAGUUGAUGUACAGAUAUACAGUCCCUCUGGGAAAAAGAUGUUAGUAAAAAAAUCACAUGACAAUUCAGAGAAGGAACUGUUGGUAGAAUUUGAACCAAGAGAAGUUGGUGAAUACCAAAUAGACUUGAAAGUUGGGGAUCAUCAUAUAAUGGAAAGUCCAUACACAUUUAAAACAUUUGGCCCUUCAGAAGUGGAGGUGACAUUGGUGGAUAGAUGUUUUACUAAAGAGGAAUGCACCUUACAUGUGGAUGCAAGUAAGGCAGGUGAAGGGAUGUUGCAAGUAAUAAUUCUGGCAGAUGGCACCACUGUUGACCAUGACCUGAUAACUAAAGAGGAUGGAAUGUAUGAUAUAACCUUCACCCCAGAGUUGUCAGUCAGACAUCGUGUCCACCUUACAUUCAACGAGGAAUAUGUGCCAGGUAGCCCAUUUUGGAUAGAAUGUGCAGAUGAAACUGAGUUUGUUUUGAAACAAUUUAAACAAACUCAGUUCGUGGCAUGUUAUAAAGAUUGUGGAUUUACCCUUGAAGGAACAAGUGGCCUGGUGGAGGAAGUUUCAGCUGAUAUAAGAGGUCCAUCAGGAAAAGAAUAUGAUGCAAGGGUUCGUGAGAACAGUCCAGGAAUGUAUAGUUUAGAAUGGUGUCCUACAGAGAUAGGGGAUCACUUAGCAACCAUAUACCUUGGUCGUCAUGUAGCUCAGGGAUUUCCUCAAAUCGUCAAAGUCUAUGAUGCUGACAAAGUUGUUGCCACCAUCAGAAGUCAUGGCUAUGUUGGAGAACUUUAUAAACUUAAUUUUGAUGUGAGCGAAUCAGGCGAAGGAGCAUUAGAGGUCAUAGUGGAAUGUGAAGGGGAGACAAUUCCAGUUUCAAUUCAUCAAACACAGAUAGGAAUGCUAGCAGCAGAAUUUACACCACAAACUGGAAAAGAUCACAUGAUUUAUGCUAAAUUCAAUGGAGAUAAUGUUCCAGGAUCACCAUUCACCAUUGAAGUCAUUGACAGGAACUGUUCUCAAAUUGACGGGAACUCAUCCCUAAUGGUUAAGCAGACUUCCUCUCUAGUUCAGAGCUCUUCCCAUAAUCCUGUGUAUGUUACCAUGGAGAAGCACCUGAUGAUGAUCCACCAAUCACAGUGGUUCUUAUUACAGUCCUUGUUACCUUAUAUGGAUCCUGAACAUCUUCAAGUUGUCAUUAUAGCUGAAAAUGGUGACAAAAUGCCUUCUCGUCUAUCAACAAAUAUUGAUGGUACAAUGAAAGUGGAAUGGACUCCAGUUAUGGCAGGUCAACAUAGAGUGGAGAUUUACUUUGGAGGACAACCAAUAGAAGGCAGUCCAUACUAUGUAGAUGUGUUUGAUGUAGCCAGUAUUCGUGUCUCCAGAUUUAAUCAGCGAGGGGUUGGAGAACCUGCUAGUUUUGAUGUGGACCUUUCUCAAGCUAGCAGACAUGAUUACGAUGUCAUUAUAAAAAGUCCAUCAGGUCGUACAGUGGACCACAGCAUUACAACAGAGGACCGAGAAUGGACCAAGAACAUAGCUUAUAUCCCAGAUGAAUCAGGACCUUAUUCAAUCUAUGUUAGCUAUGCUGGUUAUGAAUUACCUGGGUGUCCCUACAUACAGAAUAUCGAUGAUGGUGGAUUGCCUACAGCUACCGGUGAUGGACUUUAUUCAGGAGAAGAAAAUAAAAAUGCUUCAUUUAGUGUUGAUGUGGGUAAUAGAGUUGGUGACUUGGGCGUUAAAGUAGAAGGUCCAAAUUCAAUUGCCAAAACAACACUUGAGCAAAAGGAGGGUAGAUACAUUGUAUCUUAUGUACCAGUAGAAGUUGGAGUGUUUACACUGGUUGUGACAUGGAAUGGUAAAGAUAUACCAGGUAGCCCCUUCCAUCCCAAAGUUGUAAAUCCUCAUAAAGUUGAAGUGGUUGGUGGUUGGCAGCAGAUAUUAGAUAAUAAAGACAGAGUGCAUCUUGUUGUUGGAGAACCAAAACAUAUAGCUUUUGAUAUUUCUGAGGCAGGACCAGGUCAUCUAACAAGUGAAGUAACAGGACCAACAUCAAGUUUACAUUCUGUGAUAGAAGCAACAGGAAGUUCUCAAGUAACAAUGACCUUCACUCCAGAACAAGAAGGAAACCAUUAUAUUCAUCUGCAAUGGAGUAAAUUAGCCCUUCCAAAGUCCCCAUUACUAGGAUAUGCUGUACAUGGUCGUCAAGAUAAUAAGGUCAUCUUGACAGGUAGAGGACUUAAGGAGGCAUCAGUCAGAGAGGAGGCUGAAUUUAACAUUGAUGGUACUCAGGCAGGACCAGGUACACCAGAGGUAACAUUGACAGGAGUGAAAGCAGAAAUUCCAGUCAAAGUUAUUGCAGUUGCACAAGGGAAAUAUCGAUGCCAGUAUGUACCAGUUAUUCCUGGGGCAUAUCUCCUUAAUAUCACAUGGAACAAUCGACAACUUCGUGGAUCUCCCUACAAGGUCAAUGUCAUUGGUGCAUUCUAUCCAAACAAAGUGACAGUAUCUGGAGAGGGACUAACCGGUGGUAUUGCAGGAAGGUCAUUGAAUGUAACAAUUGAUACAAGAAAGGCCGGUCCAGGUGAACUGACUGCAUCCUGUAUGGGACCCAAUAAGGCAGCUUAUUGUGAACUUGAAGAUAACAGGGAUGGAACAUUUGAACUUAGAAUUAAACCUCAGGAAAUAGGUCGCCAUGUUCUACAGGUUAAAUAUGGUGGUGAACAUGUUCAAGGUAGUCCAUUUAUAAUCAAAGUAUCGGCCCCACCAGAUGCCAGUAAGGUUAGAGUGACAGGCCCAGGCGUGGAGCAUGGAAUCUUGGCAAAAUUCCAGAGCAAGUUUAUAGUAGAAACCAAAGGUGCAGGAGCUGGACAACUCACAGUCCGAGUAAGAGGACCAAAAGGAAGCUUCAGGGUGGAAAUGAAACGAGACAGCCAAAGAGACAGGACAAUCUUGUGUCAGUACUAUCCAACAGAAAUCGGUGACUAUCAUAUCAGUGUCAAAUGGUCAAGUGUGGAUGUCCCCGGCAGUCCAUUCCUCGUACAUAUCGUAGACACUAUGGCUGAACUAGAGGAAGUUAUGAGAUCAUCAAUGUCAGCAGGGCGCCAACCUACACCAAGAUCUUAUGAUGAAUGGAGAGAAAAAUUAUAAUCUGAAAGAUGAUUUUGAAACCUGAGAUAUGAAAUAAAUGAUCUGAAAUUGCAAACUUUUAAUUCUUCAAAUUCAUAAAAUGAUAGAUCUGAUUUUGUAACUUACUAUGAUCAAAUGAAUAGUAAUUCUUUGAAAUAUAUUAUUCGAAUACUAGCAUAUUGAGUCAUAGUCAUUUUGAUUUUUUUGACCGAUUUUUUGUCUUUCAAAGCUUUCAGUUAUGUACUUAUUUUUUUGCAGGGUUUUAAGAAAAUCAGGGUACAUUACAUUCCAUUCAAUUUUAUAACUGAAAUUGUUCAUUUAUUAGUAUAGAGAUUUUUUUUGGAUUUUUCUUAAUAAUGAGAAUUAUGAUCUUUGUAUGUGUGAUGUUCUUGACACAAAAAGUGCUAAUUUACAAAUGUUAUAUAAUGAAUUACCUCCCUUGUACAAUGAAAAGAAGAAUCCGGCUAAAAAAAUGUAAAUGAGGAUAUAUAUUGUGAUGGAUUUAUAUUCAAAAUUAAAAUAUAUUUCCUUCAAUUAAAAUGCUCACAAUUUGUUUAUCUACAGAUAUGUUGUAUAACAUAUAUAUUUUUACAAUGAGUGGUUCAAGAUUUGAAAUGGGUCUUAUAAAUUCUCUCAUAUCACAAAAUUCAUAUGAUAAUUUUAAGUACACCAAUGUUAAUAAUCACUGAGAAUUCAUUCAUUUCAAAUUGUGCAAUUGUGGAAUUGGAUACUACUUUGAUUGCCAUAUUUACUAUAUUUUACUCACAUUUCUGACAGCAACUUUGUACUUGAUGUUCAAUUAUAUAUGGACACUUUUUAUAACCUAGUACAUCUCCAAAAAAAAGUGUUGAGUCUUAUGAGUCAAUGAUUCUACAACUAUUUAAUUAUUGUAAGAAAGAAAUCCAAACUUGGUUUUAGAAUUAAAAAUACUGGUAAAGUAAAAUUAGUGGACCCUACUGAAAUAAUUUUGUUUCAUGGUAUGAAUAGCUGUUUGAUUAUAUAAUUUUUGCUUAUUUAAUAUUUUGAUAUAUAUUUAUACAUGAUUGAUAUAUACAUUUACAUUGUUGUAAAGUUAUUUUCUAAUACUCAUAUUUUGUAUUUUUGUUUUCAUAUUUCACUCAAAAGCACACAAAAUAAUAUCUACAAAUUCACAAGAAUAGCGUGGGUUGAAGAUUAAAUUAAUUUAACCAAAAAUGAAAAGAUUGAAAUUGAAUUAUACAUUUUAUUUUUGUUAUGUUUAUGUUUUUUGGCUUGUUUUUCUAGUGAUGUUAUUUUAUUUAUUUUUUGUUUCUUCAUUUAGGUGUUGUUACAAUUUUAAAAUUGUAACUUAAAAGUUUAAAAAACGUCACAUACCAAAACAAGCCAAAAUUGCAAAUUGGUCAAAUGUUUUACCAAAAUAGCUGUUCUUAGAAAAAAGUGGCACUUAGAUUUAUUAAACAACCAUGUGAUAUAUGCUCAGGAUGAAAGUUGACACAAAAUAAUUUAUUUACAAAGGUUGUAAAAAUUAUUAUGAUCAUAAUUAUCAUAAAUUGAAUUAAAAAAGUGAUUCUGACUGACAUACUUCUUAUAUUUAACUUUACUUUCUAUUUUAUCCACGAAAUGCUCAUAAUUAUCAUUAUAACAGGGUUUGUUUUACUUUCAAUAGAAAUCACAAUGUUAUAUUAUAUGUCUUCAGUCUAUAAGUUUUCUAGAUAUUAUAAUUAAAACCUUUUCUUCAUUUGUACAUCUUUGAUGUGCUGUGUCUGUGUAAAUCUGAAAGAAAGACGAUAGCCUUAAAUAGCAACAUCAUUGGCAUAAACUAGCUUUUUAGUCAUCAGCAUAAGAUAUAAGAUAGAAAAUUAAAAUGACAAAAUAAUAUAUAUAUAUAUUUGUACAUCUGUGAUGUUUUGUAAUUUAUUUAGUACCAAAAAGAACUUAUAGUAGUAGCAUAAUCGGCAAAACAAGACACAAAAUUAGCUUUCUAGCUGUCAGCGUUAUAGUAUGGUAGAAAAUUAGAAUAUAUUUGUUUAUACGACUGUUUUGUUGAUAUUAUUGUUUAACAAAAAUCUAUGCAUUAGCAAGCACAGCACUGUGUAUUAACAUACAAAUAUAGCAAUAUUUAAAAUCAUAUUCAUUUUGAGUAUUAUGUUUAUUAUAAUAAAACAGACCAAACCUAGAA